AUGACAACUACAGAAAGGAAGAAAAUUGUGUUUCCGAGCAAGAACGAGUUAUCAGAGGCUAUGGCCGAGUACACUGCAAAUCUCUCUGCCAAGUUUUGCGCAGAGAAAGGCCUUUUCACCGUUGUUCUCUCCGGCUGUGACCUCAUCUCUUGGCUCGGUAAGUUGUUGCAACCUCCUUACCUUAAAUCAAUCGAAUGGUCAAAGUGGCACGUCUUUUGGGUCGACGAGAGGGUUUGUUCAUGGGAUGAUCCAAAUAGUAACUACAAACUCGCCACGGAUGGUUUUCUUUCUAAGGUUCCGAUUCUAAACAAGAACAUCUACGCAAUCGACAAACACUAUGCGGCUGAUGGUCAUGCCGAGCAUUGUGCGGCGCUCUACGAGGAGUGCCUGAGGAACCUAGUGAAGGAAAACAUAAUCCCAAUAUGCCCAAAGACAGGAUAUCCUCAAUUCGAUCUUCAACUUCAAGGAAUGGGUCCUGAUGGCCACAUGGCAUCUCUCUUUCCGGGACAUCCUCAGAUCAAUGAGAAGAAGAAAUGGGUCACUCACAUUACCGACUCUCCAAAACCACCACCAAAGAGAAUCACAAUGACUUUACCGGUUAUAAACUCGUCUUCGUACAACCUUAUGGCCAUUUGCAACAAGGAACAAGCACAUGCCGUAGCUGAGAUCAUGAAGCAUAACAACAUGUCCUUACCUUCUGCUCAUCUUAGUGCCCAAGUUGAAACUGUUUGGUACCUUGACCAAGCAGCUGCUUCCAUGCUCUAG